AUGACAUACUCGUGGCAUCAACAACAGAGGCAGAGCAUGAGAAACACCUACGGGAAGUCGUUGGACAGCUAUGGAAUAAAAAUAAACCCGGCGAAGUACGUCUUUGGAGAAACCGUGAAGUUCCUAGGAUAUCUAGUCACAGGAGAAGGGACGAAGCCACUGCCAGAAAAAGUAGAAGUCAUCAAAAAAUUUCCAAAGCCACAGACAGCCAAACAACUACGCCAGUUCUUAGGGAUGUUGAACUUUUAUCGGAGAUUCAUCCCCAAGGCGGCAAGCAGAAUUAAACGACUUACUAAAAGGACCGAAAAGCGAAGAGAAGACCCCUGUAAAAUGGACAGAAGAGGCAGAACAAACCUUCGAAAAAUGCAAAGAGAGCUUAUCUCGAGCAACACAGUUAAUGCAUCCAAAAACAGAGGCAAAGCUAGCAGUCAUAACAGACGCAUCAGACACCGCGGUUGGGGCAGUUAUACAACAAAAACUAGGACACGAAUGGCAGCCAUUGGCAUUCUUUAG